AUGACAGCCCAGGCGUAUAACCUUUGGGUCGGAGGCCAGGAGAAACCGGGCCAUGCAGAAGUCUGCCACGCAGCGUCCCCCGAAGACGUCGAUGAGACCAUCCGUCUUGCGCACGAGGUCUUCAAGACUGGGACGUGGUCCAAGUCGCCCCGUCAUGUUCGCGCCGACGUCCUCGACAAGACGGCGGAACUCCUCACGGCGGAACUGCCUUCGCUGAUUCCUCUAGAGGUGCGCCAGACCGGACGCGCGAUACGGGAGAUGCGCGCUCAGGUGCCCACACUGGUGAAAUGGUUCAAAUACUAUGCCGCGCUGCUGCGCACCGAAGAACGUGCUGUGCUGCCGACCGUGGGCAAGCUGCACAACUGGAUAGACCGUGUCCCACUGGGCGUUGUGGUGCAGAUUACGCCUUUUAACCAUCCCCUGCUCAUCGCUGUCAAGAAGAUAGCUCCUGCGCUUGCAGCGGGUAACAGCGUCGUGGUGAAACCUAGCGAGCUGACGCCCCUCACGACGUUGUUGCUGGGCAAGAUCCUGAAGCAGGCGGGUGUACCCGACGGAGUGUUCAGCGUUCUCCCGGGCUACGGCGCGACAACGGGCAAAUCGCUGGUCGAGCAUGCGCUUGUCCGCAAGGUCGACGUUACGGGCGGGACAGUGGCGGGCAGGGCGAUUGGGUCGAUUGUCGGCGGCAACCUGGCGCGAUACACGGCGGAGCUGGGAGGAAAGGCGCCGUUGAUCGUGUUUGAGCAGGCCGACGUCGAUGUUGCGGUCAAUGGCAUUGCUUUCGGGUCGUUCAUCGCUAGCGGCCAAACAUGCGUCGCCAGCACCAGGAUCCUCGUCCAAGACAAGAUCCUGCAGCCGGUGUUGGAGAAGCUCAGAGCCAAGGCCGAAUCCAUUGUUCGGCGGAUGGGGUCUCCGAGUAACCAGGAAUCCAUGAUGGGCCCGCUGAUCUCGGCGAAGCAGUUACAGAACGUAGAGGCGCUUGUCAACGAGGCGCUUGCUGCUGGCGAGGGUGCAGCUUUCGCUGGCGGCCGUCGCAUGUCUGGAACGAGCAGCAUCGACGGGACAGACUUUGCCAAGGGCUACUUCUUCGAACCGACGGUGCUGGUGUCGGGUGCCGAGGGCGACAUCCUCAAGACGCGCAUCUGGCGCGAGGAGGCGUUUGGGCCGGUGAUUGUGGUGGCGCCGUUCAAGACGGAGGCGGAGGCCAUCGCACUCGCCAACGACAGUGAAUUCGGAUUGGGAGCGGGCAUCUGGACUCGCGACGUGGCGCAGGCGUUUCGAGUGUCGGAACAGAUUGACGCAGGCAUCGUGUGGGUGAACACGCAUCAUCGAAACGACCCCAGCAGUCCGUGGGGUGGCGCAAAGAGCGCGAGCGGCGUUGGCAGCGAGAAUGGCAUCGAUGCGUACCACGCCUACACAACGACAAAGAGCACUAUCAUCAGCUACGCGAGCUCCGAGGAAGCGUUGGCGGCGGAUGAUUGGUUUCGCGAAGGCGCUGGAGACGUGCGAUAUGGGUAG